CAAUUAGUCAAUUCGAAUGAAAUAAUUAGCCAAUUGAGUUAAUCAAAGAUGGCGAAAGAGACCCUAAAGCCUUGUGUCCACGGUGCGAGAAAAAAUCCGAUCCGAGAUUUUGAACAGAGCAAAACUUGAUCAACUGAAAUAACCAUGAUUGAUUAAUUCUUCCUUUCUAGAGUUAGAUUCCUAAAGUUAAAUCAAUUACGUUGACAAAUUAUUCAACAGAUAUUGUGAUCCUCUGCAAUUUGAUUUGUUCCGCUAUUUUCAGGGGAAUUAAAACCAAACGAGUGUGAACGUGGCAUUAUAUUGACAUCAAUUAUAUUGUGAACUCAAUAUUUGUAUUUUUUGCUUUUUAAUUAUUACAAAUAUUUGAUUAUUCAUUAUUUUAGAACUACCACUAAGCUGACACCUAGCGCAUAUGUAUGUAUGUACAUGAAUAUCCGUUCGGACAAUUCUUCUUGGUUGGAAAGAUAACGAUCUUGGAAGACAUAUUGAUAGAAACUGGUGGCAACUCGAAAUGACGUUUCUAACUCUUAUCUGACUAUCUUCACUCUUAUUGUUUACCAUGCGCUUUUGACAGAUCGUGAGGUUGACAGUCUGUUUACAUUUUUUCGAAAAAUCCUACACAUAUCUCUUAGAGAGAUAUUAAUAAAAAUUUUAAUAAAUUAUUUUAUAUAGUGUAGUACGCAAAAUGGAAAAUGAUAAUCCAGUUAUAUAUGGACUUGAAUUUCAAACUAGAGCACUGUCGGCUCAAACAGCCGAGACAGAUAUCGUGAGAUUUCUGGUAGGAACGCAGUCUUUGAAAUUCAGCAAUAAUCAGGUUCAUUUAGUCGAGCUUAAUGAGGAAACGGGAAAUUUGAAGACUCAAGUGUUUCAGCAUCCAAUAGGAGAGAUUUGGUCCUUACAAGCUUCUCCGACUGAGCCUGAUGUAUUUAUUACAUGUUAUAACAGUUUGAGUGAAGGUACUUGCCAGAUGAAAGGAACUAUUUGGAAAUUUCCUGAAAUAGAAGAAUAUACUAAUGAUAUUUUACAACUUGAUAAAUUAGCUGAUAUUGAUACAACUCCUUAUGGCACUAGUCUUAAAACUAUUGCUUAUCAUCCUACAGAUAAUAAGAAAGUUGUAUCAGUAGUAGAUAAUAAUUUUGUCUUAUGGGAUCUGACUAAAGGACCACAGGUUACAGUGUCAGGCACUCUAGCAGGCAAAAGUCAGCCAAGAUUUACAAAUGGUAAAUGGAAUCCUCACAAUGGUGCUAAUCAGUUUGUAACAUUGAAUGAUAACAAUGUUCGGGGAUGGGAUUUCAGAAGCCCAGCUAAUGCUGCUUGGUCCAUUUUAUCUGCACAUUCGCAAAUUAUCAGGGAUUUAGAUUUUAAUGCAAAUCGUCAGUAUUUUCUAUCAACUUGUGGUGACGAUGGAUAUAUGAAGUUCUGGGAUAUUCGACUUCCGACAGAACCAGUGCUGUCACGUAUGGAACAUUCGCAUUGGGUGUGGAAUAUAAGAAUUAAUCGUUUCCACGAUCAACUUGUUUUAACAUCCAGUAGUGACUCAAGAGUAAUAUUAUGUAGUAUUGCAUCUAUAUCAUCUGAACUAUUCGGACAUAUGGUAUCAGCCGAAGAUGAACCUUCGCAAAACGAAGAAUCUUGUGGAAAAAAGAAAUUAGAAGAUGGUCUGGUAGGAAGAUAUGAAGAGCACGAAGACAGUGUAUACGCGGUGGAAUGGUCGUCUGCUGACCCAUGGACAUUUGCAUCUCUUAGUUAUGAUGGUAGAUUAGUUCUUAAUAAAGUGCCACGUAAAUAUAAAUAUCAAAUAUUACUGUAAAUCUAUAUUCAAUGAAAAAUUAAAAAUAAAAAUGU